GUACCCCCCCUUUCUGCGUACAGAGCUUGAACCCUUAUCCUUUCAUCGUCAAUUUGUUGUCUUAUCACUAUUUUCUCUAAACCGCGAGGCUCGGAGUUCUCGCUUCUGGCCUUUUUUCCUUCUUUACUGUCCGUCCACCUAUCGGACUCCUCUCCUUUUGAAUCAAGGGAGAAAAAAAGAGAAAAGUAUAGUACGCCAAAAACUCCACUACUAAAAUGCCAGUGCUGGAAAUGAGACCUAGUAUCUCCGAUGAAGAAAUGGGACAGAAACUACCUAUACACGAUCAGCUCUCUCCACUGGAGGUGAUGCUAGCAGUUUACACACCAAUUCUUGAAUGUCUCGUGAAGCACCUCCCGACCCCGAGCAAGUUGAAACUCGCCCAAACGUCGACCUACCUCCGCCAUCUACUACUUAGAUACCCUCCGUUUUACUCUCACUUCGAUUUCAGGCUGAGCGCGUACGAAGCUCCCGGGUUCGACACCUAUCAUCUGGGGACCAUCUACAACCUCGACAAGUUUAUCUCCUCACUAUCUCUGGAGACGAGAAUCACUUCGCUUACCUUAGAUUGGACGGCGGUAACAGGUCUAUUCCUCUUCGGCCCACUGAUGACCAGGUGCGCUGGCACUCUGGAGCAUCUUUCUGUGCGCGGCUGUCGGAAGGUUUCAAUAAAGCACCAUAUCGUCCCUUAUCUCGUCUACCAAGACAUUGUCGAGCCUCAUUCAGUUUCAACACCAAUCCCCCCAAAGCGGGCACUCAAGAGUCUAUACGUCUACAAGGCGCGAGGGGUACGCAGAAAACCAUUUCUGAUUGACAGGAAGCCUGCCGAUGGCGACGAACCGAGCAGAUAUCUUACUACACUCGCCGAGAAGCUUGGGAUAUGGACCGACCUGGGAUUGUGCCCGACGCCUAAACUGAGAUGCCCGAGGCGGAAGGAAAUUUUACGAAGGGGAAAGGAGAAGUACUGUGUUCCGUUCGACAAGAGGUGGCGAGUUCAGGAUCCGGAGGCAAGCCAGGGGAAUCCAACACUCGCACUGCUAUCUCCGCACGAGCUUCAACAACGUCGAAAGUGGGAGGAGACAGAGGGGCUUUUCACUUGUGACAACUGCGAGGCUCGGAUACUGGACCGCUGCGAAGCAUGCGUUUACCAGAUGACUUGUUCAAACUGCAAGAAGGCUAUUUGCCACAGUUGCGCUUAUGAUAGACCAGCCGGACCUAUUGCCCCUGCCGAGACUGUUCCGAACGGAGCCCCUGGUGUUCUGCCUCCACUUAUGGCCCCCGAGGGUCCGUGGCCGAACCCCACGACUGCGGGAAUAUCGGCGAUGGCAACUAUGGCCCCCCAAAUAGGUGUGAAUGCGAAUGGAAACGGGAAUGGAAAUGGACCCCAAUUUCAAGUCGUUCUCGCUACUUUAAUCCAGCUGGACCUUCCGGUUCCCGGUGCCCCGACUAACAUCCCUCUUGCGCCUACCUUUUAUCAACCCACUGUCCCCAGCGCUACCGAAACUAAUCCCGUUGUGCAUUUCCUGCAGCCCUGCUGUCAGACCGUUACUCCUAAUUCUGCCGAUAUUCUCUGUGGAAGCUGCAUGACGUCCAUCUCUUGGGCUCACUGUGACUGUUGUGGCAAACAGAUCUGCAUUAAGCACGAGUUGUCAGGGUCCCGGAGGUGUCGUGGCGGCUGCGAGAAGGUGUUCUGCUCAUCCUCCGACGCGCCGUCAGCUCCUAUCGGCUGCGGCGAUCCAGCGGAAGGAAAAGCAGGGAUAAAAUCCUGUCUGACCUGCGGAAACGACGUCUGCGCUGAUUGCAGACUUGACUCCCUCCACGCACCCCCGUCAUCGGACGACGGCACAGAAUCAGAAGUGGAGGAAGCAGCAUUGGAAAAGUGCGCUUGCGAUUGUAAAGUCUGCCAAGACAACUUUUACUGCACGGAUUGCUGGCCAAAAAAGACUACCAAAUGCGAAACAAGGCAUACUAAGUUUGACCACAAAGUUAGGGGAAUCAUCAACCAUAGGUCAAUCGACCCGGCAAAGGACAUAAACCUUUACCUCGUCACAUUCGUAGACGUUCCGGACAAGAAAUGGGUGACGAGAGCACGAAUUGAGGAAGACUACGGGUCAGAUACACGCAUACUCUCAGCAUACUCCCCCACCGAUCCACCCCCUCCGCCACCAACCCCAGAGCUCACAGAUCCAACAACGGAACCCGAACCCCCCCAAGAAGACGAAAUCCUUGUCGGCGAGAAAGAAUGGAUUAUGGAGAAGAUCCUUGGAAAAGCCAUUCACCCAUGCCCUCCCUUACCCACUGCCACCUCCUCGUCUCCAGCCCCCGCCUCUCCAGCACCCCUACCCCCUCGGCCAUCAGCUGCCCCACCCCCACCGCCAGAUCAACAAACAGAAAUCUACCAAAUAAAAUGGUUAGGGCGUUCCACCUCAGAGGCGACAUGGGAACCCAAAUCUGGAUUCGCAGUGAAUAGCCGGGAGCACGUGCUCAUGGAAAGCUAUGACAUUGAAGGGCCCAUCAGCGAGCACAGAGGAGAGAGAGACUUUGGUGUUAUUGGGGAGCAUUGUGAUAUCACGGCCAUGGCAGGCGGAGGGCCGUUUAUAUAAUUUUUCCCUUCUUUUUCUCCUUUGUCUUCUUUUUGAAUACCUUUUUAGUUUCUUGUCUCUACGGCUAUAACGAAUUUGUCAUGCGGGAACGGAGGAAGGAGAAUAUCACCUUCUACUAAACUGCUUACGAUACGAAGGAAUAUUUGACGUGAACUUGACCUUUUCUUUUUCUUUCUUCAUUACUUUGCAUUUCAUUACUUUUACUCGAGCUCGAAUCAGCCACCCAUGACUGAACCAUUAUCAUCAUGCUUGCGAAAAUACAGAGCGGCAAGCAGACUAGGCCGGGCGGAAUAGUAGGGCAAGACAAGACAGGGCGUAUGAUACAAUUGUUUAGCUAUGAUAUUCGUGGAUUACAGUAGCAGGGUAGUAAGUUAGGUUCAAGUGGGGAUUAGUUUACGAGAUGUUUCUUGUUUCUUUUUCUGCUGCGUUUCUCUUACAUGUCUUUUAUGACCACCUAUCUUUUGUCGCGUUGCGUUUGAUUAGUGAAUUGGGGGAUGGAUCGAAGGGGGGAGCUCAUGAUAUGUUUUCUAGAGCAAUCCAUGGAUUUGCUACACGGGAGUUUUCCAGAAGACGGUACGUUAACAUGUGGGUAAGAAUAGAUAGAUGGUGGGUGGUAGGUUUUAGAUGGAGAUGAAGGUGUCGUAGGGAUUCCACCACGCCUAUCACACUUAAUUCCUACUGUAGCUGUAGUAAAUAUUACCCAUGCAAACAAAAAAGCAAAAA